UUGACAUACCUGCUCGGCUCUGCCAACACUUACUGAAGUAUAGGUUAUGUUGGAAUUUCUAUUUAUUUUAUAUAAGUAAACAUUAUCAUAAUGAAGAUUUAUACUAACGAGAACAACACGGCUACAUUGAAGCUGCUUAUAGCGGCGAAGUUAGCUGGGAAAGACGUCGAAUUGCUGAAGGGAACUCACGAAGAAUCUCCAGGUCCAGCAGUAUUACCGCGUCUGGAAGUCCACGAGGAGCUCAGCUUCUUUAGCAGUAAUGCAGCAGUUCAGUAUCUAUUCCCCGUACUAGAUCUUUCCCAGAAUGGACAAUGUCUACAGAUGUUAGAAUGGGAAGCGACUCGUCUUUAUCCCGUCGUGUCGACCGUCCUGACCUCUAAGACCGUUUCAUCCGAGUUGAAGGAAGCUUUAAACACCUCGUUACUGAUUGCCGACAAUCUUCUGGCUAAACAUCAGUAUAUACUUGGGGACAAACUGAGUCCUGUAGAUGUAUCAAUAUUCAGCACACUAUAUCCGUUGUGCUGCACAGAUCUCAAGGAUACCUAUCUUAAAGAGUACAGUCAUGUUCUCCGAUGGUCCGGAGAUAUCGGGAACUCUGAGGCCGUCCAGGAAGCUGUAAAACAGUGGGGCGGAUCCCCUAACAGUCCACCAUCAGCCUCAUCGCUGCUGGGUACUCCACAAGUCGUCAUACAAACACCGACCGGAUCCCCCGAUGAAGUGCCAGAGAAGCUGUCCGCCGAGGAGUUGGAAAUGGCGAGAGACAACUUCCUCAACGGAAUCAACAAGCUGCAGCCGCCGUUAAAGAGAGAAGGAGUCGUUCUGCCGGAUAAGGAUCGCAGGAACGUCCUGAUAACCUCCGCCCUGCCGUACGUCAACAACGUGCCUCACCUCGGCAACAUUAUAGGCUGCGUCCUCUCCGCGGAUAUAUUCUCCAGAUAUUGUCGUCUGUGUGGCUUCAACACGCUGUUCGUGUGCGGCACGGACGAGUACGGCACGGCCACUGAGACGAAGGCGUUGGAGGAAGGCGUCACACCGCGUCAGAUAUGUGAUAAGUAUUUCGCCAUCCACGACGCUGUGUAUCGCUGGUUCAACAUAGACUUUGAUUACUUCGGAAGGACCAGCACCGAGCAACAGACAAGGAUAGCCCAGGACCUGUUCAAGAAACUGAACGCCAACGGCUUCGUCAGCAAGCAGACGGUGGAGCAGUUGUACUGUGAGAAGUGUGACAGAUUCCUCGCUGACAGGUUCGUGGAGGGUACCUGUCCCCACCCCGGCUGUUUGUACGACAACGCCCGCGGGGACCAGUGCGAUAAGUGCGGGAAGCUCAUCAACGCUGUCGAGCUCCGCGAGGCGAGGUGCAAGGUGUGCUCCAGCUCGCCCGCCGUCAGGAACAGCGACCAGCUGUUCAUAGAACUACCUCAGUUGGAGCCCUCUCUCCGUUCGUGGGCGUCGCGGGCGGAGGCCGGGUGGUCUGGUCCAGCUCGCGCCGUGCUCCGGGCCUGGAUGAGGGACAAGCUGAGAUGUAGGGCCGUCACUAGAGAUCUCAAGUGGGGUGUCCCUGUGCCUAUAACCGGCUUUGAGAAUAAAGUAUUCUACGUGUGGUUCGACGCACCGAUCGGCUACCUCAGUAUAACGGAGUGCGCGACCGGGAACUACGAGAAGUGGUGGAAACGGUCGCCGGACUAUGACGUGAAGCUCUACCAGUUCAUGGCCAAGGACAACGUUCCGUUCCACGUGAUAAUGUUCCCAGCUACGGUCAUCGGGGUCAACGAGGGUCACCUGCUGGUGGACCACAUCUACGCCACAGAAUAUUUGAACUAUGAAGACACUAAGUUCUCCAAGUCCCGCGGCGUGGGCGUGUUCGGGACGGACGCUCGGGACACGGGCAUACCGUCCGACGUGUGGCGCUUCUACCUGGCCAUGAUCAGGCCAGAGACCUCCGACUCCAGCUUCAGCUGGGCGGACCUCGCCACCAGGAACAACUCGGAGCUGCUCAACAACCUGGGUAACUUCUGCCACCGGAGCCUGAGCUUCUGUUACAGCUCGUUCUCCGCAGCCGUUCCCGACACGCAGCUCGCGCACACGGACCUGGAGAUCAUAGCCGGAGUCAACAGGGACGUGGUCGCGUAUGUCCAGCACCUGGAGCGAGGUCGGCUGCGGGACGCGCUCCGCCACGUGCUGCGAGUGUCCCGCGCCGGCAACCUGUACAUGCAGGACACGCAGCCCUGGGCGCUGCUGAAGGGCGGGACACAGGACAGGGUGAAGGCUGCAACAACGAUAGGUGUCUGUUGUGAGCUGGUGGCUCUGCUGGCAGCCCUGCUGGCCCCGUACAUGCCCGACACCAGCAAACGGCUCUGCACACAACUGAACAUAGACCAGAGCGAGCUAAGGAUUAACCCGACGGAGCCCUGUAUGGUGAGGUUCCUGGGGCCGGGACACACGAUCAACAAGCCGGAGCCGCUCUUCACCAAGAUAGAGCAGCAGACGGUCGACGAGUUGCGGAGGAAGUACGCCGGCACACAGGCGGACAGGCAGAAGUCGAACGGAGACUGCAAGAAGCUGAGUGUCGCUGAGUUAGAGGCAGCCAUAUCCGCUCAGGGUGAAAAAGUUAGAAAAUUGAAAUCGUCUACAAAGGACAAGGCGGUUUGGCAACCGGAAGUAGACGUACUGCUGGCUCUGAAGAAACAACUCACCCUCGCGCACACACACGCCGACCAGCAGACGGGCAGCGCGGCGGAGCUGGAGAGAGCCGUCGCUGAACAAGGCGAUAAAGUGAGAAAACUGAAGGCAUCGACGAAAGAUAAAACCGUUUGGCAGCCGGAGGUCAAUAAACUGUUGGCGCUGAAAAAACAACUCGCGGAACACACGGACAGACAGACGGGCAACCACUCCCCGGGCAGCGUGGAGCAGCUGGAGAAGGCUAUAGCUGAACAGGGAGAUAAGGUCAGGAAGCUGAAAGCAUCCACGAAGGACAAGUCAGUUUGGCAGCCGGAGGUCAACGUACUCUUGGACCUAAAAAAACAGCUGACAGCAUUACAAGCCAAUAAAUAAGUCACCAACA